CAAUUUGGAUGCCCAGUUCAUAUGAGUUUGGCAACCAAAUCCCUGACGGGGCUUUGUAACUCUCAGCCUUAAUGUCCAAGUAAAGAUGAUCCACAGAGAUGGCCGUAUUCCGGACUGCGUGAUCUACAAGAGGAAAUAGAACAUUUUCCUCUCCACGUGACAAAGUCUUUCAUCAAGAGAUCCAUUAGCUAGCAGGCGUCUGUCUGUCUCACAGCAUCACCUAUUCAUUACUGAAGAAAGGCACAAGAUGUCCCACCAGACAGUUGGGAUACUUCUAGUCUAUCUGCACAUGGCUGCCGCGAAAGAAGCCAUACAAAUCCUGCAAAGCCCAGCACAGGUGUGGCGGUCCCCUGGACAGACUGCACAGCUGGACUGUCACUCUUCUAAAGUAGAAGGAAGGAUUAUGUGGUACAAGGAACAGCAGGGUGGAAGUUUGCAAUGGAUUUACCAGAGUUUUGAGUCUGCACCUUCCGAUGGAAAAUACUCGAGUAAUGUGAGCACUGCAACAAACAGGUUUUCUCUGAUAAUCAGUAACGUGCAAAGAGAUGACUCAGGGGUUUAUUACUGUGGUCUCUCAGCCUUUCUGUAUCUACAGCCCAACUUCGGGAAUGGGACCAGACUAAUUGUCACAGAUGCCUCCGAGCCGAGUCUUUCCAUCCUGGUGCCCUCUGUCCCAGAGGAUGCUGAGCUUCCCCCCAUCAUUCCUCUGCUCUGCCUGCUCUCUGAUUUCACUCCUCCCUGGAGGGAAGUUCUCUGGGGCACUGGGGAGGAGGUGUCUGAGGGUCUGAUGGAUGCUGGAGCCAUAGACGGGAACGGGGUCUUUAAUGUUUGGAGCCUAACGACAAUCCCGUCUGAGACGUGGAACCAGGAUACGACCUGCAAUUGCACAGCCAAGGAGAACAGCCUGGGGAGAAGCAUCAGUGCUACAAUCUCCAAGGAAACAGGAGACUGUGGGAUUGUGUUCUACGCUGGGCUGCCCUGUAUUUCCAUCCUUCUCCUGAUCCAGCUGUUGAUCUUGCUCUGGAGAAAGUGCCCCGUCAGAGGGAGAGCUGUGCAAAGAGGGAAUCCAGUACCAAUGAGGCAGAUCCCACAGACCGAAUAUGCGACUCUGCCAUACAACAACAGAAACGCUCCUCUGUGACUGAUGCAGUCUCACAAAAGUGGCUUAUAUUUUUUAAAACAAGAGAUGCAAAAAGAAAGAACGAAAGUGAGAGAAAUAUGGAAAGUCUCAUGUU